AUCGUUAGCUCUUCCUAGUCAAAAAGCCCAAUAAGCGUGGAGUAUAGGCCCAAUAAGCGACUUAAUUCUCCUCUUACCUGAAAGCUUCUGCAUCCUAAAAAACGACGUGCAUAAACAAUGGCGUCCAACUCAAAAACGCGGCUUUCAAAAUUUUUUUCUACAAGAAAUUAACCAAACGGGAUUUGGUUAAAAUCACUUGUAAGUUCUUUCAAAAAACCACCUUUAAUUCUAUCAGGAAAAAAGGCCACCUUUGGUCAAAACACCUUACUUCUGCUGAUCAAUUACUACUAAAGAAGGAUCAGCGGCCAUAAACAAACCAUCGUCGCGGCAAUCUACCACUCAACUCUCUUGGUAAAUCUCUCUCUGUUUUGUUGUCGUUUCUCUCACCCUUUCCUUUGGCCAAGCUUUUCUCUCCGCCCAAUUGGGUUUUUUGUUAUUGUAGGUUCUCUGAUUCUCGUCUGUAGUUUUUCUGCGUUCUGUUUGAAAAGGAAGGGAAAGAGUAAGAAAGAAAGGGAUAAGAACUGAUUUUGAUUUGCGGAAGUGUUUGCAUACCUUGGUUAAUUUGUUUUUCUAAUAAUAAUCAACCAAAUGAAAAUUUGCGAAAUGCCUCCCAUAUUCCAACAAUUGCAAACCAUUUUCUGGCAAAACUUUUACUUGACAUCCAAACUUAUGUGUCCAACCAUACCCACAGCUUACAUUCGCUUUCUUCACAUCCCACUUGGCCGAAAUCCAGAAAGGUCCAAGUCCCUGUUCAAAGCGCUUCACUUUGUUCACUCGGUUGCAGAUUCCGAUUCACUAACUGCAAUCCCAAAUGAAGGUGCAAUCAAAGUCCAAAACAUCUUAAACACUUACAGAGACGGCCCCACAAGGAAGAUUGAGCUUGCUCUCCAUCAAUGCUGCUUCACAAUGACGGAAGAUCUAAUCCUGAACGUACUGCAGAGGCACCGUUCUGAUUGGAAACCAGCUUUUAUAUUUUUCAACUGGGUUUCUAAAGAUGGCCAAAUUACAUUGGGUUCUGGUGUUUAUAAUGAGAUUCUUGACAUUCUUGGAAAAAUGAGACGGUUUGAGGAAUUGACACGAGUGCUUGAUGAAAUGUCCAACAGAGGGGGACUUGUCGAUGAGGAAACCUAUAGAGUUCUGGUUAAUAGAUAUGCAGCUGCACAUAAGGUGGAGGAUGCAAUUGAGGUUUUCAAUAAGAGAAGAGAUUUAGGGCUAGAGCUUAACUUGGUGGCAUUCCAGAAACUUCUGAUGUGUUUAUGUCGGUACAAGCAUGUAGAAGUUGCGGAAACUUUGUUAUAUUCUAAGGAAAAUGAUUUUGGCGUGGAUAUAAAGACGAUGAAUAUUGUUCUGAAUGGGUGGUGUGUCUUGGGAAAUGUGCAUGAGGCAAAGAGGUUUUGGAAAGAUAUAAUUAGCUCUAAAUGCACGCCAGAUUUGUUUACAUAUGGAACUUUCAUUAAAGCAUUAACAGAGAAGGGAAAGUUAGGCACAGCAAUGAAAGUGUAUCGAGCUAUGUGGGACAAACAGUGCAAACCAGAUGCGGUGAUAUGCAAUUGUAUUAUUGAUGCGUUGUGUUUCAAGAAGAGGAUUCCGCAGGCUCUGGAGGUUUUCAGGGAAAUGAGUGAACAGGGUUGUUUACCAAACGUGGCUACCUACAACUCGCUUAUCAAGCAUUUGUGCAAAAUUCGUAGGAUGGAGAAGGUUUAUGAGCUUUUGGAUGAAAUGCAGGAGAAGAAAGGGAGUUGCAUGCCAAACGAUAUAACUUUCAAUUACUUGCUCCAGUCAUUGAAAAAGCCAGAGCAACUUCCUGGGGUUUUGGAAAGGAUGGAGAUGAACGGAUGCAAGAUCAAUGGUGACACAUAUAACUUGAUCUUGAAAUUGUAUGUGGGUUGGGAUUGUGUGGAAAGAAUAUUAGGUACUUGGAAUGAGAUGGAGAAAUAUGGAUUGGGACCUGAUCGAAGAUCCUAUACUAUUAUGAUCCAUUGGCUCCAUGAGAAGGGAAGAUUUAAGGAUGCUUUGCAUUACUUUUGUGAAAUGACAUCUAAGGGAAUGGUUCCAGAGCCAAGGACUGAGAUAUUAGCCAAUGCAAUGAAUAUGAAGUUGAAAGAAAAUGAUGCUGAACAGGGGGAAAAAGGUAUAAUAGAUAGUAAAAGAUCAUCGAGGCCUGUGCAUAAAAGGACAAGGAAGACAAGAGCAAGAUGAUGAAGUUAUACAAAAGGUGCAUCAGUUUUGUGGAUUCCGUAAGAGGUUUAGGCCAUAUGAGCAUCUUUCAUUUUGCACUUCUGCUUCAACUCCAUCAUACACAUUUCCAUGGAUCUCCUCUUCAAUUCUCAAAAGCAGUUCCUUUGAGAGAUUCACCAACUGAAACGUCAAACAUGCUUGUGGAAUCUCAGAGAAAUUGAUAAUCAUCUCUCAUGAGUCUGCCUUAAAUUUAAUCAAACAUGAGAGGGAUCCACAACAUGCAUUGCAGCAGAAGGGUUUCAAUCACAAUCUUGCUAACUAUUCAACCAUAAUUCAUAAGCUUGCUCAGGCCAAGAAGUUUCAGGUGGUUCAUGCACUUCUUGGUCAGAUGACUCGUGAAACUCGCAAAUUUCAUUAAUAUAUUGCUUAAUUAUAUGAAGCAUCUCUCCAAGUCUUAUCUGCAUGAGAGAGUGCUUAUGAUGUUCUAUGCAAUUCAGCCAAUAAUUUGCGAGAAGCCAUCAGCAUGUGUCUCAAUCUGUUGAUGAAGCAAAAGCAGAUUGAUUUAGCUCAGAGAUUUAUAUUACAUGUCUAGUAGUGUCUCUAAAUAAGAACAAGUAACUGCACUUUUAACAUUUUGGUCCCAUUGCCAAUUGGGAUGUUGAAUCUGCUUUACAAGUUAUGAAGGAGAUGAAGAAGUUCAAGAAGUCCUUCCUGAUAUGAUUGCAUGCUCAACUGUAAUGGAUGUGCAUGCGAAAGUGGAAGAGUUAAAAAAAGCAAUUGUCUUGUUUGAGGACAUGGUGGCUAAGUAUCAGAUAUUGCCUGCUGCUCUUACUUGUACUGCUUUGAUUAAGGGCUUUUGCCGUGGGGGUAAGUUGAUAGGGCCAGGAAGGUAAUGGAGUAUAUGAGAAAUAAUGGAUGCAACCAAAUUUAUUUAAUUCAGACUUGAUGAAUGGAUUUUGUAAAAAGGGAAGAUUGAGGAGGCCAAAGAGCUUUUGACGGGAGCUUUGUUUUGGAACCUGGUAUAGUUGGCUAUACUACAUUGAUAAAUUGCUCCCGUGGGACAGGUAGAAUGGAUGAAGCCAUGGAGUUGCUUAAGAUGGCAGAAAUGAAGUGCAAAGCAGAUUUUGUAACUUCUAAUGUGUUGGUUUAAGGUUUGUGCAGAGAGGGCAGGUUUGACGAGGCACUUAGAUGCUCGGGAAACUAGCUUGUGAGGGUUUAUAUCUGAACAGAGAGAGUUACAUGAUUGUUUUGAAUUCCUUGGGCCAAACAGGUAAGCUGGAGAAGACUUGUGAACUGUUGGAUUUGAUGCUGAGUAGAGUAGAGGCUUUGAAACCCAUCAUGUAGAAUUCAAAUGAGUUGCACCAUUUUCUGGAUUAGCAGAAUUCAGAAAUGGGGUUAAACCAGAACCUGAUUCCUGAGCUAUCUUAGUUGAAUAUAUAUGCAGGGAAGAAAAUAACUGUUUUCAUUUGAACUGCUUGACAAGUCAGUUACCGAAGAAGCUGGCAAUUCUAUGCUGUUUUCAUCUCAGUUAAUAUUUAUAGACGUCAAUUCCUGUUGCUUAUCUGUAGCAUAUUGUACUAAACUAGCCAAUGCCAUCAUUUAAUGCGGAUAGAUGUUAUCCAUUAUGUGUUUUAAA